UCAUUGUAUCCUUAUACCUUCUAGAACCUAUCAUAGAUUAAGGGUUAGGGUGCCUUGGUGAAAAUCAGUGUUUUCAAUUUGGAUUUUAAAUUCAUGUUCUUUUUUUUUUUUUGGUAAAAUAGUGAGAAAAUGUCAACUUCAAAACAAGCAGUUAAUGAGACUGCAAAAUGGAGCCAAGCAAAUGUAGACACCCUUAUUGUUCUGAUGGUAGAGGAAGUUAAGAAAGGAAAUAGGACUACUUUGACUUUUAAUAAAGCUGGUUGGAACAACAUUGCCAAUAACUUCAAAGAAAAAACUGGGGUCAACUAUGCCAUUGUACAGUUGAAGAACAAAGUGAACAAACUGAGGCAGGAUUAUAGUCAGUUUAAGAAGCUAUUGGAGACAACUGGUUUUGGUUGGGAUACUGCUUCAAGAACUUGUACUGUUGAUGAUGAAUCCAUCUGGGAAUCGCAUAUUAAGGAUAACCCUACUUGGGCACGAUUUAAGAAGCACGGACUACCACAAUGGCCAGAACUAUGUAUGGUAUUUGGUGAUACAUAUGCAGACGGCGAAGGAAGUGGGAGUCAAACAACCAUGUUGGAAACUUUUGGGGCCAAUGAUGCUAGGAAUAUGAUUGAGUCUUGUGAUGAAUCAAGUUCCACUGAUGAAGUUACUCCAUUAGGUGACACUCAAACUGAAGCAGUGGAAAAAAGGCCAGUUACUAAGCAUAGGCAUGAUAGGACUCCAAAUGCGAAAAGGAGGAGGAGCAAGUCUAAUGAUUGGUCAAUGGCAUUCAAGGCAAUUCAAGAUAUUAGUAAAUCAAGGGUAGAACGAGAUGCGAGCAUGUCCACUGCUUUAACCCAAAAUGCGGAACAGAUGUAUGGGAUUACUAGGGCCAUGGAGGUGCUUGAGUCAGGAUAUGAGUUAGAUGAAGCACUAUACGAGAAAGCACUUCGGAAGUUAAUGGCUGACCCGCAAUGGAGAGAAGCAUUAAUUUCCUGCCCUCCUCAUCGGAAGUCAAUACUCCUUCGUACCCUUCAGUAGUUUGCUUCUUGAAAAGUUCUUUUAAUUAGCUAGAUUGAUAACUCUACUUGGAUUGUGCCUUGACCCUACUUUUACCUUUGAUGGUUUGCUAUGUUUUCCUUCACUUUUUAAGAUGUUAUGGAUGACUGUGUCUUGACUUUUUUUUAUAA